AUGAGUCCCCGAGAGCUCUGCACCAGCUUUUGGGCUUGUGCGCAUUUGGCAGAUGUUGCACCAGAGGCGCUGAACCUCGCCAAGGUUGUUGGGAGAAAGAUCCCGGAUCAGGUUGCAUCACUAGAGCACCAAGGGCUUUCCCAGUGCUUCUGGGCCGCAGCACAUCUGCAAAGCACUUCCAAAAAAGCCUCGCCUUCUCUGCAGAAGGUGCUGAGGAAGGUGGCAGCCGCAGUAGCAACAGUUCUGCCUGAGAGAGCUGCGGAACUCAAGCCGCAAGACAUGCCUGAGCUACUUGAGGCUUUACCAGCUCUGGCAGACCGCCUGCCGGAGAAAGUGCAUGAGAUGAUGCCACAGCACCUCUCAAACUGCCUUUGGGCAACAGCUCAGCUGCGUGGCUCUGAGCGAGCCUUGAAGAAUGUGGAGCCCCUUGCGAAAGCGAUACGCUCGGAAGCGAAGAGGCUGAAACCACAAGAGCUGGCCACCUGUUUGUGUGCCUCGGCACACCUCAAGGAUGUCGCGCCGGAGGUUCUUCAACUUGUGCCCGCUGUGGCCUACUCGGUGGAGGAAUGUGAGUUGAAACCGCGAGAGCUCUCCAACUGCCUUUGGGCCUCUGCUCACCUCGUACAUGAGGCGCCAUCUGUUCUGAGCAUGGCAGGGGCGCUGGCAGGACAAAUUCCGGAGAGCGCACCUCGCAUGACCUCCCAGGAGGUCUCUAACUACCUCUUGGCAGUGGCCCUCCAUGAUGGCGAAGAUGGUGGAUUGGCAAAGAUCGGCGACCAGACGCUCCUAGCGGGGGUCGAGCGGCUGAAAAAGCUCCUGCCGAAGCUGACAAAGCAGCAGCUCUUCAUUCACGCGCCCACGGUUCUGUGGGCCUGUGCCAGAGCUGGCCACAGAGAUGUGGACCUGCUUACCCUUCUGGCCAAGAA